AUGGCAAAUUCCGCGGGAGAUGUCUUGACCCGUCUUGUGGCGUUACUAUUUCUCUUCCAAUGCGUCCAAGCCAAGACUGAAACCUAUGAUUUCAAUGUCACUUGGGUCAAGGCCAAUCCCGAUGGCUUAUUCGAACGGGAAGUUAUCGGUAUCAACGGCCAGUGGCCAUUACCACCAAUCGAGGUGGAUCAAGGCGACAGACUUAUUGUGAACAUGUACAAUGGACUUGGAGACAAAGACACAUCUAUCCAUUUCCAUGGGAUGUUUCAAAAUGGCACCAAUGGGAUGGAUGGUCCUGCAAUGGUGACGCAGUGUCCAAUUCCGCCGGGGUCUUCGUUCACCUACAACUUCACCAUCGAGCAACAUGGGACAUACUGGUACCAUUGUCACACCGAUGGCUGCUAUCCUGAUGGUUAUCGGCAGUCAUUGAUCGUGCAUGAUAACAGCUCCUACUUUCACGAUCUGUACGACGAGGAGUACACAAUCACGAUGAGCGAUUGGUAUCACAAGUUGGUUAAGGAUAUUAUGCCAUCUUUCAUCAGCCUGAGCAACCCAACGGGCGCAGAGCCAAUUCCCCAAUCUUUCCUUUUCAACGACACCCUUAACUCCAGUCUACCCGUUCAGCCCGGGAAGACAUAUCUCCUCCGGUUGAUCAAUAUCAGUGCAUUUGUGGCCCAGUACUUCUAUAUCGAAGAUCAUUCCUUCAAAAUCGUCGAGAUUGACGGUGUUUACACCGAACCCACUGAGGCAAGCAUGCUCUAUAUUGCUGUCGCCCAGCGUUAUACAAUCCUAGUCACAAUGAAGAAUUCAACGGAUAAAAACUACCCCAUCGUGACGGUGGUGGAUUCCGUUCUGCUAGACACAAUCCCGUCAAAUCUCCAACUGAACUAUACCAAUUGGCUCGAAUACAAUGCCUCCGCCGCCCAUCCACAGGCCGACAUCAAGGUCUCCGUCUGCACAGACUUAACUCCAUUCGACGAUUUCAACCUCGUGCCCUAUGACAGAAUGCCACUCCUCCCUGAUCCCGACUUGACUAUUGACCUCACGGUCUAUAUGAAAGUUCUCGACAACGGAGCCGACUAUUCGAUGUUCAAUAACAUCAGCUACACCAAGCCCAAAGUGCCCACACUAUACACCGUGCUCUCGGCAGGUGACCUCGCUACAGACGCAACAGUCUAUGGUGACUACACCCACGCCAUGGUCCUCGAGCACAACCAGGUCGUGCAGCUCGUCCUGAAUAAUGGUGAUACGGGAUCUCACCCGUUCCAUCUUCAUGGUCACCAGUUCCAGGUCAUUGACCGUGCUCCUGGGUACGGUGCGCACUUCUACGAUUAUGCCAGCGGCGACCCAUUACCGUAUGAUCCCUCCAACCACACUGCAUUCCCGGAAUAUCCAGCUCGGCGUGAUACAAUCGUCCUCCCUCCGCAGGGUCACUUCGUCAUUCGUUUCGUCGCAGACAACCCCGGUGUCUGGUUCUUCCACUGUCAUAUUGACUGGCAUCUGGCGCAGGGCCUGGGCAUGCUGAUGAUUGAAGCUCCGUCGAAAAUUCAGGAGCGAGUGACCAUUCCUGACGGGCACUACGAGGUCUGUAAAGCGGCGGGCAUAGACAUUGAAGGCAAUGCUGCUGGUAAUACUGUCGACUUCCUUGAUCUUGCUGGUCAAAAUAUGCAGGUCGGGUGGCUGCCUGCUGGUUUCACGGCUAGGGGUAUCGUGGCAAUGGUGUUCUCGUGUGCCUCUGCUUUCUUGGGUAUGGCUUUUAUUUCGGUCUAUGGAGCCUCGGGUAUCAAGUCGCAGAAGCAAAAAGAACCUGAGAUGACCGAGGGGAAUGAGGCUUCAAAUCAGGAGCUCUGA